AUGACAACUACAACAGAUAUUAAUUCGAUGAUAUUUCAUUCAUCAUCACGAAUAAAUGAUGAAACAAAUAAUUCAUUUAUAUUAAAUCAAAGUCUUGAUCGAAUGGAUAUUGAUGAUAAUACUCAUGAUUUACCAGCUUCAACAACAAUUAAUGGACAUAUAUCAUCAUCAAAUCCAAUUGAAAAUGGUUUUAACAAUGAUGAAGAGAAAAAAGAUGUCUUUCAUCAAGGAAAUCCGGUGUUGAAUAAAUCAUUUGAUGUUUUACCACAAAUUAAAGAUGAUCAUAUUUCUUCAGAUGAUCCAAUAGUAGAUGAACAUACGAAAAAUAAUAAUGUACUCGAUACAACAGUUGAAUUACCAAAUAAUAAAGAAGCGUUGGAUGAAAAACCAUCGCAUGAAUUAAAUGUUCUUAAGCCCGUAAAUAAUAUUGAAACAUCGACAAAUGUUCAAUCACUUUUAUCGAAUCAAUUUUCUCUUGAAUAUCCAUAUGAAUUACCUCAACGAGAAGAAAAUAUUCAACCAUCAUCAUCGAAUUCUAUUGAUACAAUCACAGGAUUAGCAAAAAAUAUGAAGUUAAAUGGAAAUAAAACAAUAGAUGGACAAGAAUCUUCAACAUUAAUAUUAGGUAAUGAAAAAGCAUUCGACACAAAUACAUUUAUACUUAAAAAGAAAGAACGACGAAAAGUAACAACACCAGCUAAUGAAAAUAGUUUUAAUGGAACUAUUGAUGAUACUCUACUAGAUUUGGCUAAUAAACAAUCUCCAUUUAAUACACCAUCUGUAUCACUCGAUGCUACUGUAGCUUCUCGAUCAAUAACAGCGAACUCCUCAGCACAACAAGUUCCUAUAGAGCCUACACGAAUUAUCGAAUGUGUGGAACAAUAUUAUCGAAUACUUUAUCGUGUUUGUGAAUGUACAGAAGAAUUAAAACAAGAAUUACGGCAAGUUAAAAGUGAACGUGAUCAAAUGAGUGAAGAUUUAAUUAAUGCAGAAAAUGCAUUUACAGAUGUUAAAAAACGAAAUGAAAAACUUAAAUUAAUUAUCAAUGAACAUAAAACGAAUACAGAAACAUUAAAACGUUUUUCAGAAGAAUCUGUACGUUAUACAGAAGAACAAAAACAAAAAUAUGCUGUACUUAAACAACAUGCACAAGAAAAAUUAAAUGAAGCCAACAGUGAAAUCGAACGUUUACGACGAAUACAUUGUUCAGAAAUUGAAGGUGUUCAAGCACAAUUACGUUAUGCACAAUUACGUGUACAAUCACUUGAGCAAGAAAUCAAAUCUAUUAAACAAGAAUUAGAACAAAAGAAAAAAGAAAAUAUUGAAUUAACCAAUAUCUGUGAUGAACUCUUAGCAACAAAUAAACGAUAA